AUGCGGGAAUUACUAUUUCGACUCGUGUUUCAAAUAUUGCUGCUAGGCGCGGCUUCUCGGAUCGUUCGGCAACCAGAAUAUUCCUUCACCCGUGGCCCCCUCGACUACCGAUCCGUACUCCUGGACGCCGAAUCGGCUUCACUCUUCGUGGGAGCUCGAGGCCGUCUCUUCCGGCUCUGGGCCUACAAUGUCAAUGAUACUAGCGAGAAAUUGUUCACCGAGAAGCUGCUCAGCGUGUCGCCGAGCGAGCUCGCCGAGUGCAGGGCGGCCGGGAACUCGGAGGAGGAAUGCGAGAAUUCGGUGCGGAAGAUGUUUUUGAGGGAUGCCAUCUUCCACCACCUCCUCAUCGACAGCCGCCAGGAGCACAACGUCGUGUUUGCCAUCGACGCUCCCUCGUCACGCCUGUGGCGGCUGGCUCACUGGCGAGAUGGCUCGGAUUGGCGUCUCGAGACGAUCGAGUCCGCCUCCGUACUAUCGACCCCCUGUGCCAUCGACCCGUACUGCUCGUGGAACGUCGCCCGGGCGCAAUGCCACCCACGCGAAAAGCUGCACCAUCAGAGCCCUGGUUGGGUCUCCUCGUGGGCGGGGCGAGGAGCGCCGGAGUGCAAAACGGUUGGACGGCCGGUGUUGACAAAGGCUUUCCCCGGCGAUGCUGUGCAUCUCGAAACGCAGCCCGGCUCCGUUUGGCUACGCGAUGGCGUCCGGAUUGAGAGUGGUCCCCGCACGGUGUUUACCUCCGAAUCGGGCCUGGUUCUCUUCGACGUCGCCAAGAAGGACAACGGCGAUUAUGAGGCUAUGGCUGAUGGGAGGCAGAUUGUCAAAUAUCGAUUGAUCGUUGAUCAUGAAGACUGUGAGCAGCCGAAGACGAUCGAAUCGCUAAAGGCCGCCCAGCGACAGUACUGCAAGCGGAUGGACGGUCAUAAGAGGGCCAUGGCUGAAUGGCAUAGCCAGAAGCAACAAUGUCCAAUCACGCAGAACGUCUCCGGCAACCCGUUACGA